UUGCAGCCUACAAUUCAAGUGUGCACCGGGAAAAACAUGAUAAGAAGGCUAUCUGGACAGUGAAUAUGGGAAACAAAACCUUACAGGCAUACAAAGGAUCCUAGAAUGGAAAAAUCUGAUCAAAUCUUUUGAUCAGUGACAACUUCAAGUGGAGUGUGUGGUUGUGUUGUUUCUUUUUCUCACCACAAUGUGUGAGGGAUGGAUAUGGGUCGGAUGCCAGUUUAUUUUCGUUACGGAUACAAGGACUGGCAGGUUAUCAGCAUGAAUUACUAAGGGGAAAAAAGAAAAAUAAAUUUGCCAUAAAUGUUAAAUUCAGCUCUGGAGGAAUGACCAUGGUGAAAAGGAAGGGACUGUUAUUUUCGCUGCUGUACUUUAUGGCAGAGUUUUGGCUCACUUCGCAGCAAGUCCUGAGAAUUGGGGGCAUCUUUGAGACUCUUGAAAAUGAGCCCAUUAGUGUUGAAGAACUGGCCUUUAAAUUUGCCGUAACUAACAUAAACAGGAACCGGACCUUAAUGCCAAACACCACGCUGACCUAUGACAUCCAGAGAAUAAACUUAUUCGACAGUUUUGAGGCUUCAAGAAGAGCCUGUGACCAGUUGGCGCUGGGCGUCGGUGCUGUUUUUGGACCCUCUCACAGCUCAUCGGUCAGCGCGGUCCAGUCUAUCUGUAAUGCCCUGGAAGUCCCUCACAUCCAGACACGCUGGAAACACCCAUCAGUGGACAACAAAGACAGCUUCUACAUUAACCUCUAUCCUGAAUAUGCCUCUAUAAGCAGAGCUGUGUUGGACAUAGUGCAAUUCUACAAGUGGAAGACGGUUACUGUGGUCUAUGAGGAUGCAACUGGCCUGAUUCGUCUGCAAGAGUUGAUCAAAGCUCCAUCCAGAUACAGCAUUAAAAUAAAGAUCCGGCAGCUGCCCACAGGAAGUAAAGAUGCCCGUCCCCUGCUGAAGGAAAUGAAGAAAGGGAAGGAGUUCUAUGUCAUCUUUGACUGCUCUUACCAAACAUCAGCUGAUGUUCUCAAGCAGAUUCUGUCCAUGGGAAUGAUGACUGAAUAUUACCACUUUUUCUUCACCACACUGGACCUGUUUGCCCUUGAUUUGGAGCCGUACCGCUAUAGCGGGGUCAACAUGACGGGGUUCAGAUUGCUAAACAUAGACAAUCCUCAUGUGGCUUCGGUGGUCGAGAGAUGGGCCAUGGAGCGACUGCAGGCACCCUCCAAAGCCGAGACUGGAAUGAUGGAGGGGAUGAUGACAACUGAAGCAGCUCUGAUGUACGACGCCGUCUACAUGGUGGCUGCUGCCUCACAACGCACCUCUCAGAUCACUGUGAGCUCCCUUCAGUGCCACCGACACAAACCUUGGCGCUUUGGAUCACGCUUCAUGAGCAUGCUCAAAGAUGCACAGUGGAACGGCUUGACAGGACAAAUAAUAAUAAACAAGACGGACGGUCUGAGGAAAGAAUUUGAUUUAGAUGUCAUCAGCCUGAAGGAGGACGGCUUGGAGAAGACAAACACAGGCAACAACCGCUUGAAUAAAGUGUGGAAAAAGAUUGGUGUGUGGAACUCCCAAACAGGCCUUAAUUUAUCAGAAAUUAACAAGGAUUCAUCCACAAAUGUAACAGACUCAAUGGCCAAUAGGACCCUUGUUGUCACUACUAUUCUGGAAAAUCCUUAUGUCAUGUAUAAGAAAUCUGACAAGCCGCUUUAUGGAAAUGACCGCUUUGAGGGUUACUGUCUCGACCUGCUCAAAGAGCUCUCUAACAUUUUGGGCUUCUCUUACGAAGUAAAGUUGGUGUCAGAUGGCAAAUAUGGAGCUCAGAAUGACAAAGGGGAGUGGAAUGGCAUGGUGCGGGAACUCAUUGAUCAUGUGGCCGACCUUGCUGUGGCCCCUCUCACUAUCACAUAUGUCAGGGAAAAAGUUAUUGAUUUCUCGAAGCCAUUCAUGACGCUGGGAAUCAGCAUCCUCUACCACAAACCCAACGGCACAAAUCCAGGAGUCUUCUCCUUCCUUAACCCACUCUCUCCUGAUAUCUGGAUGUACGUGUUGUUGGCAUGCCUUGGUGUCAGCUGUGUGCUUUUUGUUAUUGCCAGGUUUACUCCUUAUGAGUGGUACAACCCUCACCCCUGCAACCCAGACUCGGAUGUGGUUGAAAACAAUUUCACUCUAAUAAACAGUGUCUGGUUUGGAGUCGGCGCACUUAUGCAGCAAGGAUCUGAACUGAUGCCUAAGGCUCUCUCUACAAGGAUAGUUGGUGGGAUAUGGUGGUUCUUUACCCUGAUCAUUAUCUCUUCAUAUACUGCCAACUUGGCCGCCUUCCUCACAGUGGAAAGAAUGGACUCGCCAAUUGACUCCGCAGAUGAUUUGGCCAAGCAAACCAAAAUAGAGUACGGUGCCGUAAGAGAUGGCUCCACCAUGACCUUUUUUAAGAAAUCGAAAAUCUCCACUUAUGAGAAAAUGUGGGCUUUCAUGAGCAGCAGGAAAAACACAGCAUUAGUGAAAAACAACCGUGAAGGGAUUCAAAGAGUCCUCACUACAGAUUAUGCCCUCUUGAUGGAGUCGACCAGCAUCGAGUACAUCAGCCAGCGCAACUGCAACCUCACACAGAUCGGAGGCUUGAUAGACUCAAAGGGCUAUGGUGUUGGAACCCCAAUUGGCUCCCCUUACCGAGAUAAGGUCACCAUUGCAAUCCUUCAGCUUCAAGAAGAAGGGAAGCUCCACAUGAUGAAGGAGAAGUGGUGGAGAGGGAAUGGCUGCCCAGAAGAGGAUAGCAAAGAGGCUAGUGCCCUGGGCGUGGAGAACAUAGGGGGAAUCUUUAUUGUAUUGGCAGCUGGACUAGUCCUCUCAGUUUUUGUAGCAAUUGGAGAGUUUAUUUACAAAUCCAGAAAAAACUUGGACAUCGAGGAGGUGAGCGUCGGCCAGUGCGAAUGGCACAACAAGUAUUAACAAAGACUGUUAUGACCAUACUACACGCUUGUGUUGUCGUUCCAGGACUACAGCAAUCACUAGGCCAAUAAAAACUGAAGUCUGAAUGUGUCGAACUGCAUUGUUACAAUCAAAACAAGUUUUUAAGGCAAAGUUUUGUGUUUUCAGUAGUUUUUAUGUAGAGCACACAAACAUUUUAGUCUCGAUUGGAAGCAUAGGUUAGAAACCCUUUUUAUGAUGAUGACAGAUUGUUGUUGACUUCUGACAUCGUGACUCUUGACCAUCUUGGCCUUGCUCUUUGUUUGUUUUUUUUAAACAUUACUCCGUGUGAGAGAAAUGUCAUUUUCAUGGUGUUAUGGGUAAGUGAUGGUAAGUGGUAUCUUUCCAGUAAUGACUGAUUCUCUUAUGACACGUUUGUCAUUUUCAUAUUUACAGCACACGGGAACUUUGACACAUUUACAAACUUGUUGAUUUAUUUGACAGUUUAUGAGUGAGUACUCCCUCAACAUCUUAUUCAUCAAGUUGCUUAAUGUCUGUACUUUUUUUGUAUCAUAUGAAGUUUAUGAAAUGCAUGGAUACGUUUUGUCAUGUUGGAGCUGUUUCAAAAUGACUAAAAAUAUGUGAGAACAUUACAUCCUUUAACCUUUAACUUUUUGAUUGUUUUGCUUUUGAUCCUGGGCCUUCACUGGAUCGGGUCUCAACUUACACGCACUUGAGGUCGCAUUUAGAAAACUAAAGCCUUGUAACUCUAAUAUGACUUUUAUAUUGCAGCCGUCUCCCUUUCUCACAUUCAGUUGUGAUGUUUUUCAGUCUGUCUUUUCUGAGAAACGGCUUUCAUGAGACACAUUUACUCACGUUAUCCAAGAAAAGAGGUGAUGUGAUUACUGACUUUGGGUUUUUUGGCUUUUGGGUUUGAACUGCACUAUUAAAAAAAAAAAGCCACUGCAUUACACACAAACACACACACAACUAUAUUUACAAAAGUUAAACCCUUGGCACACAUAUAAGCUGUUGGUAUUUUUAGUACAGACUAACAAACUAUUCUGUAUUUCCAAGUCACUUCUCCCACAUUCACCAUGGAUAUAAAGUCGUGUAUUAAAUUGUGCAUCUAAAACCAUUAGUUCAAAUGGAUUACAAAUAAAAUGUAAAGGAUAGAGAUGUAACCUCAGCAUUCAAGAAAAAAAUGGGUUUGAUGACACAUCCUACAGUCCAUUCAUCCCUGAUUCACCUUUCUCUUUGCCUACCUGUUUCCCCUCAAUAAGGCAUAGCUUUUAAAAUAAAAUCCUCAUCAUUAUAAAGAUCCACAUUAAGCAUUCCUGGUUUAAAAUUGGCCGGGCCUUGUCACACAUGUUUGAAAAUCCUGCAAAUGUAAGGAAAAUAUUUUGGGUGAAAGUCUGAUACUGUAUCCUGCUUGUUUUGUCUAUACAUGCAGGAUUAAUGUCACAUUUCAGAUGAUGGAACAGGAAUAAGUGUAGCUAUGACUAAAGACUGUUAAAUUACUCAUUAGCUCAGUUUAGACUUGGACUGUUUACAAUGUCUAUCGAGUGCCACAACAGUUACCCAACAGAUGAUUGCAGUUUCUGGCAUUCCUAAACAUUAGUGAUGUACUUUAUUGUACCUUAGGUACCUAAA